UUUCCUUAGCAACCGUAGACGCCAAACGGGUGACUCGGAGGCCGAUCGAAGCCCAUCGUGGGACUGAAGAGUCCACUGAAGAGUGUCGUCGAAGCUCCAGCUCAUAGAUGAAGCAUUCUUUGUUUUGAUGACCUAUUCGGUUUACACGAUGGAUGUUUUACUGGAGUCUCAGACCAGGCCGCUCGCCACUCUGUCGGUGUUCAGUUACAUCCCACACCGCAGAAAGGAAGACAAACAGGUCACUUUCGUUAACAGUGACUCCAAGGCGCCGGAGCUGUGUUUGUAUGACCGUAUCGUCCACCAGACAGAAGGUUACGAUAACAAAGUACACCGGGACGACAGAGCGCACCACAAGGGCAGAGGCAUGGACAUUUAUUCAGAGGAGAGGGCCCGGGUUGUGCCAGUGCGGAUGUCCUCUGAGUACGGGCGUCGCCCACCACCCCUGCUUUACGAGCCCGGGAAGCAGUUCGUCCACGUGCUACACAUGAAGAAAGAAUUCUUCCGGAAGAAUGGAAUCACCUGGAAUGUUGGAGAGGGAUACGGAGAUGUGGUCCCUGUUUGAAGAACAGUGACGAGAGCACUAAAAGUAUUAUUGUGUGUCAGUGUUGUGGUAUAUUGACGGUAAGGGAAAUAAGGGUUUCCACGGGUGAUAUCAAAUAAAUUGUGUGGAAAAGCUCAGUAUGCGGUCGCAGUUUUGGGUUAGAGUUAGAACAAGGAACAAUUGAACAAUUUCCAUUAAUCCUGGGUCAUUUAAACUUUACUGAUUCAGAAAUAGGUCAGUAGGUUAACAAAGCCUAUAAAUUGUCUGUAGCACAUGGGUUUUAGUUUGUAUCAGGUACUUCAAUCUAUAAUCCGUUACUGGAAAGGAAAAGUAGGCCUAAAAAGUCCAACUAUGUAUCAAUAAAAAACUGAGAUUGAAGGAA